UCUAGUGAAGAUGGCCUCUCUGUGCAAUCGUGUUGCAAAAACAAUAAUAAAACAGCCUUUCAAUGCAGCAUUUUUGCAGACUGUUAGAUUCAUCAAGGUGGGUGAACCUCUGCCAGAUGUUGAUCUAUAUGAAGGUACCCCAACAAAUAAAGUAAAUAUUCGUCAGCUGUACAAGGGGAAAAGAGGUGUCCUGUUUUCUGUUGUUGGUGCAUUUACUCCAGGUUGUACACAGUCUCACCUACCAGAAUACCUGUCUGUCAGUAGUAAAUUUGUGGAUGAAGGAUAUGAUCUCAUCACGUGUGUUUCUGUCAAUGACCCAUUUGUAAUGUCAGCGUGGGGCCAGAGUCUCAAGGCAGAAGGAAAGAUUCGAAUGCUCGCUGAUCCGAGGUGCGAGUUCACAAAAGCUCUUGGAAUGGAACUGGAUUGCACAAAACUUCUUGGUGGGUGGAGGUCACGCAGGUAUUCUGUUGUUGUUGAUGAUGGAGUGAUCCGGCAGAUAAUAGAAGAUCCAGACAACACUGGCCUUGUGUGUUUACUGUGCAUCAAGAACAUGAAAGCUCAGGAUGCAAACCUAACAUGAUGCAGUGAUCACUCCUGGAAACUGACUUUAUAAGACACUUGGAAAUAAGAAUAUAUUUAUUUUUAGAGAUACUAAUUAUGAUGCUGUGCUGCUGAUAAUACCCACGAUAUUGUUUACUUCUGUGAAAUAACUGAUGGGUUCUUUAAGAUAUGUACAUUUAUUAUGCAAAUGUGAGAAGGAAAAGAGUACUUCUAGACAUUAAAAUGGAUGGAAUCAGCUGAUCAGAAUAAAGCUUGCAUCGUAGUUUUAAACCAGGUUGUAACAAAUAUUUAUUCUGUAAUUUCUAACCACUAUAAUGCUAUAUAUCCUAUAUUAAUCUUAACCUAAUAAUUAGUUUAGUGUUAUAUUAUGGUUAAACUAGUUUACUUCACCGUGGAUUAAUCACAGUUUUAAAAUAAUUGCUCUUUUUAUAUGCCUGUUUUAUAUACUCUUGUUUGACAGGUUGUAUUAUAGUAUGACAUAGUAUGCCCAUCCAGCCUUCUGUCCGUCUGUCUGUCUGUCCAUCUGUCCAUACACAUUUCACCUGGGGUUUAUCUUUCUUAUAAAUCAUAUAGGAUCAACAAACCUUGUAUGCAAAUACAACUUUGGAUGGUGGUGUGUUGUGUACCAUAACUAGGUCACCAUGACCUACUUUUCACGCAUUACACACAUUAAAGGAAAUCCUUGUGAGGGCACUAUCUUCCUUAUCAAUUCUUAUAACACAUUCAAUAAUUUGUGUGCUUCUCCAUCAAACUCCUAGGUCCAUGCUUAUUAAACUUUAGAAUCUAGACUCAAGUCUUUAAUGACAUCAAAUGUAUACAAUUUGUAUGGCAUUGCCUUAGCUUUAAAAUCUGAGAUUCUAUUAGAGACUUGAGUCUGAUCUCUAAAGGUCUGAUAAACACUGGAUGUGAUGGGUGUAUAUGUACUGCACUGAUACUCUUGUUAUUGAUCUAAUCUGAUCAAAUGUUUUGAGACCUUAUUGUCAGCUAUGAUUUGUCUGAGGUAUAUCAUACAACAAUCAGAUCUUAUUUUAAUGUUCACAGUUCUUGUUUCAGUAAAUAUGGCAUUUUCCAUUUUAACACAUUUGUCAUAAGUUGUCCCACUUGUUGUAAAAGUACACUACGACAAAUGUUUCAAAUUUAAGAUCUUUUAAUAGAGUUGUUAUUCAUUCAGUAGAAGAUUGAAAUGACUGAAAAAAGUAAUAAAUUGACUUUUUCUAGUUUUUCAGUUUUAUUUGCCAAUGAAUGGACAAAUAAAUAGUAAUACCUCAGUGGCCUUUAGAUACCUUUUAUUGUUUUAGUUGUUUCAAAAUGUAUCUAAUGAGUAAAAACAAUUUGGAUACAUUUUUAAAUGAUGGUGUUUUUUUUUAACAUAUCCUAUAAAACCAGGUUAAAAGUUAAAUGUCCUUUCCAACUAAAACUUAGUUGUGGUGCUUGCGCUUGAAGUUAACUUAUGUGUCACAGAACAAUCAGUUUUAUGUUAACUUAUAUUUUGCAGAGCUGUCAAUUUUGAUUGUGAUUAUUUGAUUGGAUGGUAUGGCUGUGUUGACCAGGUCAUCACCUAGAAGCAGCCAAUCAAAUGUAUUUAAAUCAGUGUCAUGUUAGAUUAUAGAUAAUGCAUGGGGUUCUCACCAGUGGCUGUGUGCUUGCCAUACUAGAUAAUCUAUAUAAAAAAACUGAUAAGACAUUCAGCAAGUUUGAAUUUUUCAAAAGUUUGCUUAUUAAGUUAAAAUGCUUUAUGAACCACAAGUGAUAAUAUUGCAGAGUUUAUUGAUAUAUUGUUAAACAUCUAAUCAAAUCUAAGAUUAUUGAUAGAUGUAUAUCAUAAGAGUGUAGAACAAUUUGUCAAUAAAUCAGUUUCUUUGUUCCAAAGUAUCACUGGUGAUACUGGCAGCUGUACACUUCAGUGUAAAGUUUGUUUCUUUUAUGUAUUAGGAAUGUGAGCUGAUGUGUGUAUUCUUUUUGACGUGGUUAAUUGUUUUGGGUUUGUUUUUGUUUUUUUCAAGAUGUAAUUGUUGUUGUAUUAAUAAUCAGUACUAUAUGGGUGAACGUUUAUAAAGUAUAAAUGCAGUUUGUAAAGGCAUCUCAUAGUAUUAAUUAGUUAAUAUGGCAGUGAUGCCAGUAUAGGUUGUUGUGAGUUAGACAUUCCUCUUAUUGGAAUAGAGUGCGAGUGCGAAUAAUUUAUACAUGCUCAUAUACCACUAGAGUUUUGAGCAUGUCCGUCCCGGGGCCUGUCUCUGGAUAGCCAGGGACCUGUCCCGGGACAGAAAAAAAUUAAGCGGACAAGUUUGAAAUUUGCAUCCAGAAAUUAAAUAGUGGGCCUUUAAAAUUUUGAUGCACAUCUCUAAAUAAUAUAAUUAAUAAAGAAAAUAUUGGAAUAGACUUAUGUUUGUGGGGAGAUGAGUAUAGAUGUCAACAAAAGUACAAACUGACCCGUGAUUCGUCAUUUAGUGAUUGAGUUGUCACCAUGUUAUAAAUUUUGCACAAAUUUAUGCACUUGUUAAUAAUUUUGAUGUUGAACAUUUAUUCACAGUAAUGAAUUAAUGGAAUUUAAUAAUAAAUAGAUGUUCUAAUGAAAGCCUAGACUACCCUUGUACUUCUAACUAGAGAUUUUACCAUCUCAUACUAAUUAGUAAUCUCUUUUAAUUCUAUUUACAUGUAUCAAUAUUACAGCCAAGUUAAGGUAAAUUUAACACGAUCUCUCUUUCAGAAAUACUGCCUAAAUAAACUUUAUCUAACUAGAUGUAACAAAAACUAUUGGUUUACUCACAAUAUAAAUUGUUUACUAAAGUUAUUAAGUUGGAUGGUAAGUAUAAAAUCAACCAAUUUAUAAUUACCUCUGUUUGAGUAAUUAUAAUUAAUAACUCAUUAUUUGUAAAAUAUUUUACUUUUAUUGGCUGAUAAAAUUGGUGCUAUAGACUGUUUUAAUGGUCAUUUUUAGAUAAUAUGUUUAAUAAAGAUUGAUUAUAUU